AUGCCCAUGAAAGAAGACAUGAUAGCAAUUGAUUACACACAAGAUGGAAGUAUUGAUCUUAAAGGAAAAUCUGUUCUAAGAUCCAAGACAGGUUGUUGGAAAGCUUGCUCAUUCCUUGUUGUGUAUGGGAUAUUUGAAAGAAUGGCUUACUAUGGUAUAUCAUCAAACUUGUUUGUGUAUUUGACAAAGAAGCUUCACCAAGGCACUGUCACAUCUUCAAACAAUGUUACUAAUUGGAUUGGCACCAUUUUCAUUACUCCCAUUUUAGGAGCUUAUAUUGCUGAUGCUCAUCUUGGCCGCUAUUGGACUUUUGUCAUUUCUGCCUUUAUCUAUUUAUUGGGUAUGUGUCUACUUACAUUAUCUGUUUCCCUACCAAGCCUAAAGCCACCUGAAGCAAAGGAAGCUUCAACACAACAACUAGUUGUGUUCUAUACAGCCCUCUAUAUCUUAGCAGUAGGAACAGGUGGAACCAAACCCAACAUUUCCACCAUUGGUGCUGACCAAUUUGAUGAUUUUGACCCUAAAGAAAGAGCACUUAAGCUCUCAUUCUUCAAUUGGUGGAUGUCAUAUAUUGUCAUUGGAUCAUUAUUUGCAUUCACAGUUAUAGUGUAUAUACAAGAUAAUGUGAGUUGGACUCUUGGUUAUGCUCUUCCAACUAUAGGACUUGUAAUAUCAAUCAUUACAUUCUUGGCUGGCACACCUUUUUAUAGACAUAAAUUGAUUAAAGGGAGUCCCUAUAUUAGGAUGGCUAAGGUCAUUGUGGCUGCUAUAAGAAAAUGGGAUGUAGUUGUUCCUAAUGACCCUAAAGAACUAUAUGAGCUUAGUUUGGAAGAGUAUACAAAGCAAGGGAAAUUCAAGAUUGAUCUCACUCAAACAUUCAGGUUUCUUAACAAGGCAUGUGUGGACACUGGUUCAAGCACUUCCGAUGAGUGGAUGCUAUGUCCAAUAACACAAGUAGAAGAAACCAAACAAAUCCUUAGCUUAAUCCCCAUUUGGGUUGCUACAUUUAUUCCAAGUGCAAUGAUUGCUCAAAUAAAUACCCUAUUUGUAAAGCAAGGAACUACUCUUAACAGAUCAAUUGGCAACUUCAACAUUCCUUCAUCAAGUUUAGCUGCAUUUACAAUCUUAACCAUGAUUAUCACUUACAUAAUCUAUGAAAGUUUCAUUGUCAAGAUUCUACAGAAGUUGACUAAGAACCCUAGAGGGAUUACACUCCUUCAAAGGAUAAGCAUAGGAUUCAUAAUCCACAUAGUGAUAAUGAUAGUUGCAUGGUUGAUUGAAAAGCAUAGACUUAGUGUGGCCAAAAAACAUGAAGUUCCAUCGAGUAUUUUCAUUCUGCUUCCACAAUUUAUACUUAUGGGAAUAGCCGAAGCACUUUUAGAAGGCGCGAAAAUCGAGUUUUUUUAUGAUCAAGCACCAGAAAGCAUGAAGAGUCUUGGAACUUCAUAUUCAUUAACUACUACUGGUAUUGGUAGUUUUCUCAGCAGUUUUCUUCUAUCAAUAGUUUCACGUGUUACCGAGAAACAUGGUCGCCGAGGAUGGAUUUUGGAUAACCUGAAUGAUUCUCAUCUUGAUUACUAUUAUGCAUUUUUGGCUAUACUAAAUGUAUUGAACUUUAUCUUCUUUGUGAUUGUUUCAAAGCUCUAUGUUUAUAGAGCUGAAAUUUCAAAUUCUCUAGAAGUUCUUGAAACAAAUCUGACAGAGAAGAAAGAAAACUUCAAGUGA